CGUUAAGCCUGUUCGGGGAGGUCCCUCACCAAAGGAUCGGAGGAGGGGUGGUGGUGGUGGUCAACGCUUUUGAUGCCACGCAACAUCUCACCUCAGAUUCGGGUAGUUUCAGUUUGAUGCGAUAAUAUUCACUUCAUCUUAUUCUAGACUACCUCACCCUCAUAAUUCGUCUCAUUCUGCAAUCGCCAACCAUGGCUGAACCGGAAGAUGAUGGCGGGGAUACUCACUCACCCGAGAUUGAGACCACAGGCAUGCAUGAGCCUCACACGGCCGCCACCAAAUACGCACCUCAUCCACAACCACAAUCAGCCUUCUUCUCAUCUCUCCCACUCGAAAUACGCCAAAACAUAUAUAGCCACUUAUGGCAAGCCCACGGAUUAAUUCAACAUGUGUAUAAAUCCAGCGCCUCCGCUCUAGCGCCCUUAUCUCACUGCCCGUGCAUCGCCGACCUGGACGCUGAAGACAUCCGUGAAGACGAACUCUCCCGCGUGCUCAAUACGCCGGCUGCGGACCCGGCGACUUUGCAAGAUGGCGUGGGACCCGGUUCCGAAGAAGAACGCGAGGCGAUUCAAAAUUGGCGCUUUCGUAUCGUUUCGUCGUGGUGUAACCACUGGAAGUGUGAAGAGGAGCCGCCUAUUCUGCGAGAACUUCAGCAACUCUCACUCGGAGACGGCGAUGAGGGGGAGGAGACGGGUGAGACAUCCAAAGAUAAACGUCGUCAGAUUCUUGUGAAGGAGUUCAGCCCGUUCCUCGCUACCCUUCUCACGUGCAAACGCAUGCAUGAAGAAGCCAUCGGCUCCAUCUACAACGACACAACCUUCUCCUUCAUCAACACAGAAGCCCUCACCCGCUUCCUCGACACCACACUCACCGCCUCCCUAGCCCGCAUCAAAAAGCUCCACUUCACCUGGCGAGCUCCGAUAGAGACAUACAUGGAUCGGGAAGCAGACGAAGUCAUCGCCGAGAGAAUCAAAUGGGUCGACACGUGGACAUCCGCCGCCGACAAACUCCCGCGCCUACAGGAGCUCCGGAUCUGGGCGUACCCGUACUACGCACGCUACCCAACUCCGUUUGAGGAGUGGUUCGAGCCGCUGCACCUGUUUGGGAGGCACACGAUGCCUUCGUCGCAAUUCCACGUCUCGUUACGCUGGUUCCAGAAUAAUUUGCCGGAGAUGGAUACGGGACCGUUGGACUUUUUGGAAGCUGCGCCGUUUGGGUAUGAGAUGGUGCCGCCGUGUCAGGAGAAUCCGCUGCAUUUUCACUGGAGGAGAUUGAUUGGGUUGGGGCCGGAUGAGCCGAGGGUGCCGGUCACGAGAAGGCAGAGGAAGAGGAGGUAUGUUGGGAGGGCUUUGUAAAGAUUUGGGGACAGACUUGGAAGCUUUUGACGUAGGUAGCGUGGAAAGUAUCUCUAUGAAGGCGAUAACUCUGUGUGGAAGUGUACAUUCGCAUCGGUAAACCCUUCCGGUCUCAAGGCUUGAUCCCCGAAAUGACAGAAAGCAGUAAGCCAUGCGUAGAUGGUGGCAACAUUUCUUAUAAGUUUCUAGGGGAGGAGCAAAUUUAUGAUGAACAUGAAAUUUUUGAUUUGGAAAGAUUGGAACAGGCUAUAUGGUUCUAAAUAUCUACAUGUAACUGGGAACGCUCAAAAGAAACCGCUGAAAACAAUGAGGCUCAUUACAUGUAUUGUUACACGCUCAAAGAUCAACGCUUGGCAUCGCAGAGUGCGAUGCACAAAUAUUCUCCUCUCGACAGGUCGUCCGCUGCUCCAAGUCUGCGGUGCCAGUUGUCUCGGCCAGAGAUAUGACACGAAGCAAG